AAAAUACGUCAAGCUUACCUCUGGGGUCCCGAUCCUGGCACUGGCCGAGAUUGGUCAUCUGAGAGACUCCGUGAAGUGCUAAAGCGGGAAACCACCAUUGGGCUUAAUGGUCAAGCCAUUAAUUUGAAUGCUUACCGGGAUAUUGCUAUUGGCAUUAGCCGUCGCUUUAUGCGGCCGUCUAGCGCGGCCCAUUCAUCGCACGUUGCCGGCAUGAUCUACGGUCGUGGUAUCACCGAGCAGCCUGGCUUUGUGUCCACGGAUGACGGGGGUGCCGAGAGUGCAUUAGGACUGGCCCAGUUUUCACCAUGGCAGAAGGAAGCUGAGAUAGGUCAGCCGGAGAUGCAGCGCAUGAUAGGUGGUAAUAGCGAGCUACGGCUCCGAGGGGUGCAAGCACCGGCAUUAGAAGCUAUUCAGCAAGGCCAGAGCCCGGUGGUAGCCGUUAUGCCAACCGGGGGUGGAAAAAGCUUACUUUUCAUGCUUCCCGCGUGGAUCAGCCCCCGUGGGGUCACGGUGGUGGUAGUGCCAUUAAUUGCAUUACGGGGUGAUAUAAUGCAUCGAUGCCGGCAGCUCGGCAUUUUAUGCGUGGCGUGGGAGAGCCGUCGGCCGGCAGACCAGGCAUCUAUUGUGCUAGUGACGCCAGAGUCAGCUAUUACAGAGGAUUUCAUGACAUUUUUGAACCGCCAGCGGCUAUGCCAUCGGCUAGAUCGCAUUGUGAUCGAUGAAUGCCACGUCCGUGGGCUCGAAGACCGGCAUGAUUUGUACGAGUGCCGGGCCCAGACCCAGUACGGCAAUGACUCCCCGAAAGGCUGGUGGUUACGGGUGCGCCGGCAGGUCAAAUAUGCCGCAUUCGGUGGUUACUAC